CCUAUACAGUUUUCCUACUUAAAACACUUUUUUUUUUCUCAAUCCCAAAAUACAAAUAUUUAAAUUAAAUAUAUAUAUUUUUUGAAAUUGAAAUUAAAAUAGUUAGUGGCGUGUUUGGUUAGAUGGAAAACAAAGCGAGAAAAUCAUCAAGAUUCAAGAGGAUUUGUGUCUUUUGUGGCAGCAGCCCAGGCAAGAACCCUAGCUACCAGCUUGCUGCUCUCCACCUUGCCAAACAACUGGUUGAAUGUAAUAUAGACUUGGUAUAUGGAGGUGGCAGUAUUGGAUUGAUGGGUUUGGUCUCCCAAGCUGUCUUUGAUGGUGGCCGCCACGUGUUGGGGGUAAUUCCCAGAACUCUAAUGCCUAGAGAGAUAACCGGAGAACCGGUCGGAGAAGUGAGGGCAGUGUCCGGUAUGCACCAGAGGAAGGCAGAAAUGGCUAGACAAGCUGAUGCUUUUAUAGCCCUACCUGGUGGGUAUGGUACUUUGGAGGAAUUGCUAGAAGUAAUCACUUGGGCUCAACUUGGAAUCCAUGACAAACCGGUGGGAUUACUGAAUGUGGAUGGUUACUACAACUCACUGUUGUGUUUCAUAGACAAAGCUGUUGAUGAAGGGUUUAUUACACCAUCUGCCCGUCACAUAAUUGUAUCUGCCCAAACUGCCCAAGAACUCAUCUCUAAGCUUGAGGACUAUGUGCCAAUACACAACGAGGCUACACCUAAGUUGACUUGGGAAAUGGAACAACAAUUGGGGUAUACCACAAAAUCAGAUAUUGCUCGUUGACCAAGAUAUAUUUCAAAAGUCUUUUAGUCAACGUAAAUAUAUGAUUUUAUUUUUUAUUUUUUUUAAUAAUCAAUAGAAACGUGCAACAUUUUAGAAGCUAAAGUCUAGGGGAUGACGAUAGCUCUAUAGUCAGUGACCGAGUCAGCAUAGUCCUAUUCGAAAACAUAUUAUUUGAUUUAGCGAUUUGUUAUUUUUCGAUUAUUGCAAUGUUACGUUUCCCUUGAUUAUUUUCCCAUUAUUUAUCAAAUGUUAUCCUUGAU